CAGAAGAGUCUUAAAGGUAUUUACUCCUCCGACUGUUCCUGAAGGUUAAGGUGCCUAAGUCAUAAGGAUCAUUGGCAACAAUAAUCUUAAAAGUCUUAAUCCAUUUAUGAUGCUCGAUCAUGCCUUUGUUAAAUUACCAGCAGGCUUUCCUGAUCAUCCUCAUAGAGGAUUUGAAACAGUGAGUUACUUAUUGAAAGGUUCCUUCUACCAUGAAGACAGCAAAGGAUUUUCAGGUCAUUUAUUACCUGGAGAUAUAUAAUGGAUGACAGCUGGAAAAGGAGUUAUGCAUGCAGAGAUGCCAGGUAGUUGGGAUGAAUUAACAUCUGGUUUCUAAUUAUGGAUCAAUUUACAAGCCAAAUUCAAGAUGGUAGAACCACAAUAUUAGGAGAUCAAAAAGGACUUAAUACCUGAAGCCAAAUAAAAAGGAAUCUUAGUACGCGUCAUUGCAGGUGAGGCAUUAGGUGUAAAAGGUCCAAUUUAUACCAGGACUCCUGCCUUCUUUCUAGAUGUCAAAUUAGAUGAAAAUUCUGAAUUCUUAUAAAGGAUACCAUUGAAAUGGAAUUCUAUAUGUUAUGUGUAUGAAGGAUAAGGAAUAUUUGGGGGACAAAAUGCCAAUUAGCAUUAAGUUGUUCACUUAGACAUUAAUGAUAAGGAGGAAGUCUUAAAAGUUAAGACAGGAGCAUCAAUAUGCCAUUUCAUUAUGAUUGCUGGGGAACCUAUUGAUGAACCAUUUGUGUAACAUGGACCAUUUGUCAUGAACACAAAGGAAGAGAUUCAAUAGGCAUUUGAGGAUUAUUAUGACUAAAAGAAUGGAUUCGAAGGAGCUCAUUCUUGGAAGUCUAAAAUCCAAAACCUCAAAAAGAAGAGAUAAUGAUUGAGCAUCUAUAUAUAUAUAUUAUUCGUAUCAAAAAAUAAUCCAAAA